CCUAUCAGCCUAUUCAGAAAACAUCACCAACAGCUUGGUCUGUGCGUGUGUGUGUCUAUGGGAGCAGAGCAGAGAGGGAGAGAGCGAGGCAGCGCACGCAGAGGCAGAGAGAGAGCGACACAGAGCGAGCGGGGAAGAGGGAGGCUACAUUUUCUUUCACCUACCCCCCGUCAAACCACAGGAAGGAGGGGCCAGACCCUAAGCUGCCAAUCAAAUCCGCUCGUGGCAGCCGGCAUUAUCUCAGCAACAAACUAUUGACAGAUUACAUGUCAAGGAGUUUAGUGCAUGAUUGAAGGAAGCCUUUUCAACAAAAAAAAAUCUAGUUACUUUUCCGCUUUAUUCUCCCCUCCACCAACCAGCAUUCGAAUGACUUUCCAGCAGAGUUGAGUAAUAUUAUGAAAGUUACAUGUCUGAGAGGAUUUAACUUCGACUUUGCUGAAUAUGCUGAAAGGAGUUUAUGCACUGAAACGACCUCAGGAAAACCCAAGAUGGCCGCCAAAAGAAAAGGUGGCCUAAAACUCAAUGCUAUCUGCGCCAAGCUGAGCCGCCAGGUGGUGUUCGACAGCAGCUCCCAGAAUGCAGAGGGAGACCAGAGUGUAGCAGAAAACAGCGAGCGUGGAAGUUCCCACGACGACGACAUCGAGACCAACUUCCCCGAGAGCCUGAGCCUGAACCAGAGCCUCGAGGAGGACCAGAAGAGACGCGAGGCCAUCGAGAAGUGGGUCAACGGAGAGUACGGCGACGAGCCGCCGGCUCCCGAGGACGAGCAGGAGCGCGAACUCAAAGUCAGCAAUGACGAAGACGGCCCUCCCGAGGGCGUGUACAUGGUACAGCCCAAAGGCUGCAGCGACGAUGAAGACAAUGCAGAGGAGGCGGAGCCUGUGGCCGGGUCUCAAGAUGGCAGUUACCAUGAUGACAAAGAAGGUGAAGACAGGCCUCCAAAAGACACCGCCUUCAUGCCACCGAGCGAGGCCCCGAGUCGCCAAGCACCGUUCUCCUCUCCAGGAGAGGCCUCUGCUCUGCGAGACUAUGCAGCCAACACCAUGAAUGAGUUUUUGGGAAUGUUCGGUUAUGAUGACCAGCAGGUAAGGGAUGAGCUGACCAAGAAGAUCAGCUUUGAGAAGCUCAAAGCUGCUACCUCAAACCCCUCAUCCCUCAGCAGUGAGGAGGCCUCACGGCGUGCUCGCUUCUCUAAGUACGAAGAGUACAUUCGCAAGCUAAAAGCAGGCGAGACCUUACCUUGGCCUGUGCAUGCUUCCCCACCCAAACCAGACGACCUCAACUCAAAACUGGCCCAAGACAAGAGUGCUACCAUGCUCCAGACUUCGGGUAGCCACCCGGGGGCCGAGGCACAGAUCUACCCCUCCAGCCUGGACCACAAACAGCCAGGAGGACACCAACUGGGAACAUCUCAGCCAGCCAACCCCUCUCACAUGCAGAACAUGACACCCAGAGCCUCCAAGUAUGACUUCUUUAUUCAGAAGCUGAAGAUGGGUGAGAGUCUGCAGCAGCAGAAUGGUAAUGCUUACAAGCGACCCUCCAAAUACGAUCUGGAGAACGUCAAGUUCCUGCACCUCUUCAAGCCCGGCGAGGGCAGUCCUGACAUGGGCGGUGCCAUCGCCUAUAAAACGGGCAAAGUGGGCCGCCCCUCGAAGUAUGACAUCAGAACAAUUCAGAAAAUGAUGCCAGGAAAUCCAGAGGCCUCGCUGAUGCCCAAUGUCCUCGCUACAGCACCAGGAAACCCAGGAGCUCCUGGUGUUCCCACAGCAGGUGCAGCUGGGGCCAGUAUCACUCCAGGCCUCACAAUGGACCAGACCGGCCAAAUAAGCUUCAACGCUACCGACUACCUAAAGUCCAGCUUUUCCAAGACUGACUCCAUCACCACUGGCACUGUGUCCUCUGUUAAGAAUGGGCUGCCACCAGAUAAACCCGCCAGCGAAGACAUCAACCUCUACCAGAAAUAUAUUGCUAGGUUCUCCGGAAGUCAACACUGCGGGCACGUCCACUGUGCCUACCAGUACAGGGAGCAUUACCACUGCAUGGACCCUGAGUGUAACUACCAGGUGAGCAGGUUUACUAGUAAGCAGGAUGUAAUCAGGCACUACAACAUGCACAAGAAGAGGGACAACUCUCUGCAGCACGGAUUCAUGCGCUUCAGCCCUCUGGACGACUGCAGUGUCUACUACCACGGCUGCCACCUCAAUGGGAAAAGCACCCAUUACCACUGCAUGCAGGUGGGCUGCAGCAAGGUGUACACCAGCACCUCAGACGUCAUGACCCAUGAAAACUUCCAUAAAAAGAAUGCCCAGCUGAUCAACGACGGCUUCCAGAGAUUCCGGGCCACCGAGGACUGUGGCACAGUUCAGUGUCAGUUCUAUGGGCAGAAGACCACACACUUCCACUGCAGGCGGCCAGGCUGCACCUUCACCUUCAAAAACAAGUGUGACAUCGAGAAGCACAAGAGCUACCACAUCAAGGAUGAUGCCUAUGCCAAAGAUGGCUUCAAGAAGUUCUACAAAUACGAGGAGUGCAAGUACGAAGGCUGCGUGUACAGCAAGGCCACCAACCACUUCCACUGCAUCCGUUCUGGCUGCGGCUUCACCUUUACCUCCACUAGCCAGAUGACCUCCCACAAGCGCAAACACGAGCGUCGGCACAUCCGCUCCUCUGGCGUCAUGGGCCUCUCUUCCUCCUUCCUGCCGCCGAAGGACGACCAAGACGAAUCGAGCAACGAUGACCUGAUGGAUUUCUCCGCCAUCAGCAGCAAGAACUCAAGCCUGAGUGCCUCGCCCACGACCCAGCAGUCCAGCUCUGUACCGCACAUGAUGGCCACACCCACCACCGUUGUCUCCUCCUCCUCUACAAUGGGCCACGCGCUCAAGCUGACAUCCUCCCUGUCCAGCGCCGGCCAGCGUAUGUCCAACCUUCUGUCCCAGGCCCUGCCCAGCAACAUGCCGGUGACCCUCGCUCUCUCAAACAGCGCCAUGGCCUCCAACCCGUUCUUCCCUCUCAUGCCCAGGCUGCCUCUGCAGCCCCCUUUGCCUGCUGCUAGCCUGAUAUCAGCUGUAACCUCUGGGGCCCACUCCAUGCCCACCGACUCACUCACCCAAGGUUGCUCCACAUCGGGGGCGGAGGGAGCCAUGGCGUCGACCCCGACCUCCUACGCCACCUCCUCCAUCAUGGAGAAAAUCUCGGCGAGCAAAGGUCUGAUAUCGCCCAUGAUGGCCCGAUUGGCAGCUGCUGCCCUGAAGCCAAACAUGAACCAUGAUAUAGGGAACGGGCAGCCGUGUUCAGCCAGCCAGUUCAAUCUGGUUCAAGUGAAGCAGGAGCCCAUGGACGGCCACUCCGGGGCCUCCCACGACUCUGCGCAGGAGCACAGCCUGGACCUGAGCAAGAAGGACCAUAGGUACGGAGGAGAACGUAAUGAAUCAAACGGACACCCUGUUCCAGGGAAUACAUCUCUUUUAUCCUCGCUUAUGAAUAAGAUGUCCCAGGUGAACCCGGCCCUGUUCAACGCCAUGAACCUAAAGACGGAGCUGGAGGCGGGGCAGGGCAGUGACACGUCAGAGGCGGCACAGUAUCUGAACCGAGUGCUGAAGAGGCCCCUGCUAGAAAAGCCCAAUGAGAUCUGGAGGACAUAUCUCCGCAGGUUUGACACCGAUGACUUCUGCGAGGCUCAGUGCGACUUCCUUCAGAAAGUGCACUUUCACUGUGUGGUAGAAGACUGUGGUGCACUCUUCAGCACAGUGGAUGGGGCCAUAAAACAUGCUAACUUCCACCUCCGCGCCACCUUGAAAGUGAAGUCGGAGCCUCAGUUCGGCGAGAGCAAGGACUCCGGUGAGGGAGCCCUCCUGCAGCCCGCAGCGCCGGUGUCUAUGGCCAACAAUCCCUCUAUGGAUGUGGCUCACCUCACCUCCUCCCGCGGCUACAGCUCGCCUUCUCCCUCCCUGCUCGCCUGGAAGCAGCUGGCCGGCAGCAUCCCACAGAUGUCGGCCUCAAUGCCCAGCCUGCCAUCCAACUCCCCUCUGGCCACCACCUCUUUGGAGAACUCUAAGCCACAAGUCAAACCAGGUUUCCUGCAGUUCCAGGAAAACCAUAUCUUCCCUUUUCAUUCACCCAGUGAUCCGUGUUUGGCCACUGACUGUAAGUACUCGAACAAGUUCCACUUCCACUGCUUGUUUGGGAAUUGCAAGUAUGUGUGCAAGACCUCUGGCAAGGCCGAGUCCCACUGUUUGGACCACAUCAACCCCAACAACAACCUGCUCAACGUCCGCGACCAGUUCUCCUACUACUCUCUCCAGUGUCUCUGUCCCAACCAGCACUGUGAGUUCAGAAUGAGGGGCCACUAUCACUGUCUGCGGCCCGGCUGCUUCUUUGUCACCAACAUCACCACCAAGCUGCCGUGGCACAUCAAGAAGCACGAGAAGGCCGAGCGCCGCGCCGCCAAUGGAUUCAAGUAUUUCACCAAGAGAGAGGAGUGUGGCAGGCUGGGUUGUAAGUAUAACCAAGUCAACAGUCAUUUCCACUGCAUCCGCGAGGGCUGUCAGUUCUCCUUCCUGCUCAAACACCAGAUGACCUCACACGCACGCAAACACAUGAGGCGGAUGCUUGGGAAGAACUUUGACAGAGUCCCAUCCCAGAUGAUGCCACAUGGUCACAGGUCGGAUGACAUGCAUGGAUCCGGAAUGGGGUCCAUGGCGACACAGUCCGGCUUCUCCUCUGGCCUCAUGGAUGAGACUGACGACUACAUGGACUACAUGGGAGGCGGAGGCAGCCCCCUGGGCCUCUCCUCCGAGUCCUCCAACCAGGACCGGAGCUGCACCAGCACGCCAGUAGGCAACGAUGGCUCGCCAGCAGGACAAGGCUGGCCUGCCACCUCUUCUGCUCCCACCACCCCUGCUGACACUAGCGCUACCCAGAAUGCAACUCCUUCUUCCCCUCCUCCUCUACCGCCUCCUCACUAUGCCCCUCAGCCUGGUUUUCACUCCCAGGCCCCAUCCCUCUCUCCUGCCCUCCUCCGUCCUCCUCUCCCCUCACUCCCAUACCUCCUCUCUCCAUCCUGUCUGUCAUACUCUCUGCUCAGCGCCUCUCUGGGAGCCACUCGGAGUGUUGUCAUGCCAACCAACACACCAGCUUUCAGCCCCAUCAUUGCCACUCCGUCUCUGGUUAAAAAUGACGUCCCUAUAGUGCAGGAUGCUGCAGGCAAUACCAUCUCCAUUCCCACGGCCACCGGGGCAAAGAAGCGCUUCUGGAUCAUCGAGGACAUGUCACCAUUCGGCAAGCGCCGCAAGACCGCGUCGUCACGCAAGAUGCUGGAUGAGGGGAUGAUGCUGGAGGGCUUCCGGCGCUAUGACCUCUACGAGAACUGCAAGGACUCAAGUUGCCAGUUUUCUCUGAAGGUGACCCACUACCACUGCACACGUGAGAACUGUGGCUACAAGUUCUGCGGCCGCACCCACAUGUACAAGCAUGCACAGCACCACGACCGCGUGGACAACCUGGUCCUGGACGACUUCAAGCGCUUCAAAUCCUCGCUCAGCUGCAGCUUCACCGACUGCCAGUUUUCAGGCAACAGCACCCACUUCCACUGCCUGCGCUGUGGCUUCCGCUGCACCGACAGCACCAAGGUGACCGCUCACCGCAAGCACCACGGCAAGCAAGAUGUGAUCAGCGCCGCCGGCUUCUGCCAGUUCAGCUCCAGCGUUGAUUGCGAGGUUCCCGACUGCAAAUAUAAGCUCAAGUGCUCCCACUUCCACUGCACCUUCCCCGAGUGCAAGCACACGGUGGUGGGCAUGUCCCAGAUGGACUCCCACAAGAGGAAGCAUGAGAAGCAGGAGCGGGGGGAGCUGCCGUCUGUGUCACCCAAACAGGAAGGUGCUCACCACCUGGGAGGAGGUAUGUUGGUGGUCCCUCCAACCUCCAUGACCCUUUCUACUUCCUCGCCCGGUGGUCUCCACGGCUUGUCCCACAACAUUAACAGCAACGUUCCCUCCAUGCUUUACACAAUGGCCGAGAUGGGGUCCGACUAUAACCACCCGUACCCACCAACCACCAUUAGCCUGGACGGCUCGCUCAACCUGGGCACAGACACCAGCAGCUCCCUGUUCUUCCUGAAGAACGCCGUCGGUCUGGGUCUCAGCGACUCGCUGGACCUCAGCAAGAAGAUUCACCACCACGAUGCAGCUCGAUCCGGCCACAACACCACCCCCCCUCACGCUCUGCCGGCAGCUCAGGACGACACCACGGGAACGUCUGGAGAGGCCGAAGACGACGUGUCGCCAGAGGAGGAGGCGCAUGCGGAGGAGGAUGAAGAGGAGGAGGAGGAGGAAGAGGAGGAGGCCGAAGAGGAUCUCAACACUGAUUCGAAUGAUGAUUCGAUGCCGGAGCCCGAUGGUGAGAAGGACAAUGAUGAUGACAGUUUUAAUGCUUCCGUUAACCACACUGAUACUUCCCAACUGGAAAAGCAAGAUGCUGUCCCAUGAAAAAAACAAUAAACUAACAGUGACUGCAGAAACUGAAGAAGAACCCUGUGUACUAUGAACAAACAAAAAUGAAAGUGGCCUCAUUUAUCAUGUUUAGAGACUUCAGAUGACAACAAAAAACAACAGCAGCGCAGCGUGAAAAUGACGGCCGGAAAUGAUUUAUUAUGAUGUUUACAAGAUGACCAACAUUAUUAAUUCAAUUAUGCAUUAAAAAAUAUGAAUGGAUACACACAGAAUUAGGCCCUGCUUUACACGCGGGGCAGCAAUGUAAAGCAUUUUACUACACAUCAGUCUUUUUGUGUGUGUGCAUGUUUGACUUUAAUUUAUUUUUUAUUUUUUUCACUUUUUGUGUGUGGAAAAAAAACGUAAGAAAAACAAAAACAAAUCUCUCUAUAUAACAAUAUAUGUAAGUGUGUGUGUGUGUGUGUGUGAGUGUGUGUGUGUGUGUGAACGAUGAUAUACAAAAGGAAUUUGCUGGCACAGGUGACAUGAAACCGCAGGGCCGUGGAAACAUAGAAAAAGGGACGUGAAUCACUAAGGGGGAAACAGGAUUCGUUGCAAACAUUUGAUCUUUUUUUCUGUAUUGAUAUUAUAUUAUUAUUAAUUAUUAUUGUUGUUAGAGACAGAGAGACAGUGGGUGACACUCUGCUUGUUCCCGUCUCUCUCAGGUGAUUUGCUUUGUUCUCGAUGACAUGUGGAAUCGACCAGUAACUGUUCUCAGCUGCAGUCGGGGGCGUCUGGCGAGACGCCAGGUCUCAACAGUUCUCUCUCAACAUUCUGCUAGAAAUGUUCCGCUAGCACCGAAAUCCAAGCUCAGCCCUCGUGAGGUUGUCCCCCCCCCCCCCCCCCUGUGGAGGAAUCACGUUUGUGUGUGGAUAGUGCACUUUUCUAUUAGCUGACCACGACGACACCGAUGACGAUGCUAGACGACUCAUAAGCAUAUUUAAAAAGAAAAAAAUAUUUUUGUUACCAUUUUGCAUCUUUGCAUUACAGUGUCGUUUUUGUUGUGUUGUUAGUCAGAAGCAUAUCGAUCUGUUAGCAGGCAAGGUCGUGAUUAACGGCUGGCAAGUCGGGCGGGAGGUGUGGGGGGGGGGGGGGGGUGAGACUGACCAGAGGAAACAAUGAGUCACUCAGAUGCAGCGAGGGGAGGGGCCGUGACAGAGGAAGCGUCAGGAAGUGUGUUUCAUGUUGAAAAUGUACAGACCGAAAAAUGUCUCAACGGCAUUUCUUUUUUCCAUUCACUAUGGCUGUGGUUGAGCUCCUGUUGUAACGGUUUUUAUUUAAUAUUUAUGUGACCUUCCAAUGAGAAAUUUUAGGGUGUUAUUGCACUUUUUAGGUUCAUUUUUACCGUCUGAAAAAAAAUGAUAUAUUAUCUUUUAACAGGGAAUUUGCUUUAAAGAUGUUGUUUUAGUUCACUUUUUUGCUUUAAUGCACAAAUAGAUGUUAGUGUGACAAAGAACUGUUGUUCUGUGAUUAUUUAAAGACUGGGUUUGAUUUUGCAUCUGUGAUUGGACAGUUUGACAAAAAAGACAAAAAGGGUACACCAGAGAAACGUUGUGUCCUGAGGAGAAACACUAAUAUGGACUGUGAUUUAAAUUAAUUCUUGAGACGUUCAUGGCAAUGCUCUCCAACUGUAGUACUGAAUUAUAAAUAUGUCAAAGCCGCCCUCUGGUUUACAUUGAGCAAGUAUGUAUGGCCGAGGAGUGGACACACUGAUCAAGAACUAUAGCCUAAGCUUGGCAUUGGAAAGAAAUUAUCAUUAUUUAGGGAUUAAUAAUGUGUGUAGAUUAUAAUCCUCCUGAUUUUGUUUUGGGACAAAAAAAAAGGUUGUACAGUAUUUUCCUCUGUAAAAAAAUUACUAUAUAUGAACAAAAUGCUCUUUGAUGAACAGAUUCAUUUAAAAAGAAAACCGUAAAAAGGAGAAGUGAAUAAUAAAAAGCUAAAAAUUCAAAUAGCCUCGUUUUAGUUCACUUGUGUGCUUGAGCUCUUUUAAUUACCCCAGAUUUUUUGGCAAAAAAGGUUGUUGAUACUAUAACAUUGGCAGAUUCCGUUAUGAUAUUUGCAGUAUAUAUAUAAAUAUAUAUAUAUAUAUUUCUUUUUUUUUUAAACUGUGUCAGAAGCUCAAACUAAAAUACACUGAUUUGAAUUCAUUCGUCAAUGUUUCUGUUUUAUUUAAUGACUUGUUUCAUUCACUGUCAUUUUUUCUGUGUGCGUGUGUGUGUGUUUUUUUGUUUGUUUUAUCCUCAUUAAUUGAAACUCUUGGUUUAUAUUAACUUUGCUGUGGGCAUGCCUCGUUCACAGACUCAAACUGUCAUCCAGGACUCUGUUGCAAAGCAGAGGCGUCACGACAUGUGUGUGGUUUUCUCAUCAGAUAACCGUAGAGGCUGGGAGACGUCGUGCACUUGAAUUUAGUUCAUGUAUGUGUGUGAUCUGUGUGUAUGAGUGUGUGAGACGGUGUAAAAUAGCAGGAUUUGUAAAAAGCUGAAAAUAAAGAAACUAUGAUAAAUAUAAUAAUA